GCGAUGCGGAUCUCCCGGAAGUAAAUACAACAGACUUGACGGGAAGCUGCAUGUCUGUUGCACCAUGGGGGUUCGUGGCCUUACAAGUUAUGUCGAAGGAAAUCAUCAGUUCUUCACAGAUAUGAGAUUUAGAGACUGCCGCUUGGUGAUUGAUGGGUGUAGCUUGUAUUUUCGAUUGUAUUUUAACUCUGGAUUGGAUCAAGCAAGGGGUGGAGAUUAUGACAAAUUUGCAGUGUUGGUGCAACAGUUUUUUGCAGCUCUUUCAGAAUGCAAUGUGAAGCCAUUUGUCGUGUUAGAUGGUGGGAUGGACCAGACAGACAAAAAGUUCAAGACGCUGCAGGAACGAACCCAAAGCAAGAUCCGAGAGGCUCAUGCUCUUUCCCGAGGAUCUCCCGGUUCGGUUCUUCCUCUGCUUACACGUGAAGUCUUCCUACAGGUCCUCUCCGAGCUUGGUGUGCCCUUGGUGCAGUGUAUUUCCGAAGCUGAUUUUGAGAUAGCUUCUCUUGCCAAACAUUGGGGAUGUCCCGUUUUGACCAAUGACAGUGACUUCUACAUCUUUGACUUGCAUGGUGGCUACUUGCCAUAUUCAUUUUUUCAGUGGAAUAAUGUCAGUGGUAAGGCCACUGAACGCUACAUUCCUGCUCAGCUUUUCACCGUGAACCGCUUCUGCUCGCACUUCAACCAUAUGAACAAACAGCUUCUGCCACUGUUUGCUGUCGUUACUGGCAACGACUACACUCCUGCUAAAAUAACAGAAAUAUUUUUCCGCCGUGUGGAGCUUGAAAGAGUACCAGUGGGUCGAAAGUCUGGAUGUAGUUGCAAUCCUCGAAUUGAGAGCUUUCUGCUCUGGCUAGCUCAGUUUACCAGUCCUGUAGAUGCUUUGGAGGAAGUACUGGAUAUUUUGGGUGGACAGCAGAAAGAAAAGUUUCAUACUCAGCUCUCUGCAGGAAUACAGGACUACCAGCUCCCUCGUACUAGCAUUCUGGCUCAAUACUUCUCAAGUGCCCAACCUGCACUACCAAAUACCCAAGACCUCCCAGCAGCACUGAUUUCUCAACCAGAGUGGCUUUUAAGGGCAUUCGCAUCUGGAAAGCUGCCCUCCUUGGUCUUGAAUGUGCUUGUGCUCCAGAAAGUUUUGCUGAUUGCCCAAGUGGAGAAUACUCACCAGCCCAGCAGUCAUAUAACCUCACUGAGUAUCCGAAAGACCAUCUACAGCCUGUUGCUUUUGGAGAAGGUAAGACACGAUAGUCAAAGGCAACAGAAUGUCACCCAGAGAGGAAGGGGAAGGGGAAGGGGAAGAGAAGAUCUAAACAGGCAGUCUCAGGGUAUGGGAGGACAACAGUGUGACAACCUAUGUGUUGUUGAUGAGUAUGACAGACAAGACCUCAAUCUCAAGAAGAACACCGUGGAGGCUCAACUACCCAACUCUGUGCAUCAGCUGAAUCUUGCUACAGUUGACAAGGUGCCUGCACAGGUGAGACUGCAGGUGUUGUUGGGAACACUGGGUAUGAUGGACCACCUUUUGCAGCCAUUGCCUCCCCACCUUCGCCUGCCAGUGUGUGUGACGAUUUUUUGGAAGAAUAACUCUAAACCAAAGCCCAGUCACCCACGACUGCAGGCCAUGUUGUUAGGACUGGUAUACGGCGAACUCAGCUGGAGAACGGCAUAUCCUGAUGACCCACUGUAUUGCAGCAAAUCUGCUGCAUCUGUCUGUCAGCGAUUAUCUCAGCUGAGGGUCAACCCUGGACAAAAGUGGGACCUUGAGCUGGGUGUGGCCCAUUCAUUCAGCCAAUGGCAGUCAUGUAUGUUGGCGGGGCUUUACCUGAACCAAUUACUGUGUUUCCCACUACCUGAGCCUCGAUAUGCCUGGGUAUUCAGUGGUACUCUGUUGCACGGGCUUGAGGCUGCAAUAAGAGGGGGUCACCAGCCUGAGUCUCUGCUUGCAGGGGACACUGGUGCUUGGCAGCUCUACUCCAUCCUCUUGAAGGCGUUAACAGGCCCUGCAGUAUCAGCAACACCAAGAAUGAGUAGAGGAGGGGGGCAAAUACAAGCACAGCAAAGAGGAAGGGGCAAUGCAGGGAGGGGACCGGGCAAUGAAGGUAGAGGAAGGGCUAGUGGAGGGAGAGGGAUGGGUCAUGGUGGAAAAGGGAGGGGCAACAGAAGCAGAGGAAUGAUGCCUGCAGACAGUGAUUUAGAUAACAGGUUUUCUUUGUUGACAUUUGAGUGGACUUGAAAGAGUAGAGGGAAAGGAUAUUUUAUAUUUCAAAGAAGCUAGUUUAGUAGGGGAGGAUAAACAAGGACAGAUUUGCAUACUGUUCUAUUUUUUACUACAUUAAUUUCUUUUGAGGGAAGGCUUGACAUUUCUCUCGAUGCCUUUUACUUACAUCUUCAGCCUCAUAGUGUAACUAACCAUAUUUUGUCUGAGAGCAGCUUUUAGUGUAGGCCAGCUUAAUUUCAGUUAACAGGAAUGUUGUAUUAUGACAGCUAUCAUUAUGAACAUGCUUGUACUUGCACUGAAACUGUUUUGCCGCUAUAUCAUGUAAAUUGUCAAUUUAAUGUAACUUUUUAUGCUAUUUAAUUGAAUGAACUUUAAUGAGGAAUUAUGGUGACUUUUUAUGUUAUAUAAGCUUACUUUUGGUACCAAUAUUUUUUAUGUAAUGUUUUAAAAUGCCUGUUUUGUUAAGUGCUCAUAUGAUAUACCGUAUAUCAUCUUAAUUAGUUCAAAGUUAUAGCUGAUGGUUGGUUUAUUGAGAAUAUGGCUAACAUAUUCCAAUCCUGACUGUGAGUACUAAACUUGAGUGUUUAUCUUAUGUCAUUCUGUUUAAAAAAAAAAAAAAACAGCGCAGAUGUUUUAUGUACAGCAAUAACCUGUAAUAGCCGCUGCCAUGUGGAAUUAGCUCAGACUGAAAUAAAGAGCUGAAAAUAGAAGUGCAAUGUUAUUAGAAAGCGCUCUUGUGCUCCAGGGGAUGUAAAAUAAGGCAUAGUCUUAUUGGAGAUUACCUUAAGUGAAAUAUCUCUUGGCAAAGGUGGAAGUUUUUGGCCGCUUCAUAAAAUUCCACCCCAUAGACAGGUUUUGUCUUGAUGUAAAACAUUGGUGGGAAUAACAAUGUUUAGCCCUCCUAUAGUAAAAGUCUCUUGGCAAAUUGGAUUACUGUUAUUCUUAAAAGGUGUUUGUUGACAUGUCUAAACUGGAUGGUCAUGAAUAAGAUUUGCUGAUGACUAUACAAAGUUUAUCAACAUUGAACCUAUAUCAUAUUAUAUACAACUAUUUUACCGAUUUGACAAGACAAAAUGAUCCAAGCACAUAAUAUACAUCUUAAAAAUGUUUUAUGGUUGUUUAAAGUUGUCAGCCUUUUAACCUAGUGAGAUGGUUUAUCGUUCUUUUUAUGUGCCAGAUUUUUUACAUUUUUGCACAUUGUAGCUGAUUUCUUACUGCCCUGCUGUAUUAAAAUACAAAUACAAAUAAAAUGCAUUUUUAAAGUGAUUGAUGCU